AUGCUCUUGUAAUCAUUUUAUGCAAUUUAUAGAGAUAUAGGUAUUACACAUUCAAGGAAUGUUUAUUCUUGGAUCUAUGGAUAUCACUAUCUUUUAACGGAUGCUUUCAAGUUCUCAGUAUUGUAUGUGCAAUGCAAAAAUGAACCUGAUAGACCUAUGUCAAUUUGGGGAUUCCCUGUUGUUUCAGGAAAUUUGCCAUGGGUUCUUGUUUUACUUUCAAUCUUAACUGGAGGAGAUCCUUUCGAAAGUUUAAUUGGAAUAGCAGCUGGUCACACAUACAUCUUUUUAAAGAUAACUCUACCUAAUUCACACGGUUAUAACUUACUCAAGACUCCUGUUAGAUUUGAAAAACUUGUAAACGAAAUUAUAAGAAGGUCAAAUGUAUAAAAUCCAGGACCAAGAGUCCAAGGUCUUGGUGGUGCUAGAGUAGAAAUGGGAGGAGCAGUAGGCCAAGGAGGAAUAGCAAGAGCUUUUGCUGGAAGAGGUGUAAGAUUAGGAGGGUAAUGA